AUGGGUUACGACGAUCCCCCACCCUGGGUCUUUCGCGGUAAGGCGCUGUAUCAGCUCGCACUCGUUCGCGUCGACGACGCAAAGGCGCACGUCCCGAACGAUCUUCCCUUGGUCAACUUUUUUGGUUGGACCUUGGGUGGACUCUACGCCGCGCGAUACGACGAGUCACCGUGCGGGAAAUUAGACGAGAUCGUCGUCUUAGGAGGUCUGUGCUGGAAUCCACCGACAUCGUGCGCGUGGGCGACGCGGGUGUACGUCGAUAGUAAGGAUGCGCGCGAGCACGGGAUACGCACGUGCGGCUUGCCGUCGCGCGCGGUGGAGUUCAGAGAGAACGAACACGCCGGAGACAAGGGUAAAAGUAGAGGGUGGUGGCGAUCGAAGAAACGAGAUGAGAAUCUAGCGUCAGUGUCCGUGAUUGAGGAUAAGAAAAAGGUGUGCGAUUUGAGGUUUCCAAAUGAGCCAAAGGUGAAAGGACCGCGGAUAUCGAUGUUUCUCCCGAGCUUCAGCGGCAAGACAAAAUCGAUUCCAGACUUGCUGAAGUAUUCUUUGCGCAUGCGUGCAAACAUAAGACUUAGUUCGCCUAUCAAGGUUGAGACCCCGGUCGAGACGAAAGGCGUGGCUGAUCGAGGAACGUUAUCAACCGUGCUCACGGCGAAGCCGCUCUUAUGCAUUGCGUUCGACAACAUGCACAUGGACGUCGGUGCGCCGCAAAAAGUGGUUAUUAGUAAAAGUAGUAAGUAG